AGGAAGCCCCCAAAGAGUACAUAACAGAGAACAAAAGAUGCAGCAGGGUUUCAAAGUCCUGAAGAGUGCUUUAAACAAGACUACUCCGUUUUCCUUUCUUAGAAGGACCCUUUCCUCAUCACUCAACAGUGCUACAAAUAGCUGUGAAGAUCUUGAAAAUUCGGUGCUGGUUGAGAAAGGAACAAACUCAAGAGUUGUCAUCCUUAAUAGACCCCAUGUCCUGAAUGCUCUCACCACUCCAAUGGGACAUCGGCUUACUAAACUGUACGAGUCCUGGGCGAACGAUCCCCUCGUUGAUUUUAUCGUGCUGAAGGUAAGCAUUUGUUUUUCAGUUUUGGUUAUACGAACUGUGUAUUCUGCUUCACCGCAGCCCCUCAACCACAGCGUUUUGAGCUUCCUGUAGGGAAAUGGCAGAGCAUUUUGUGCUGGUGGAGACGUUGUGAGACUAUAUCGGUUAAUCAAUGAAGGUGAAUAACGGUUUGGCGAUUUUGUUUUAGCAAACUUCAAAUACAUUACCAGAUUAUUAGAGUAUUAUCAAUUUUGCAUCCAAGCUAUUUUUAUAUUAAUUUUAUCAUCAAACUAUUUUGAUUUCUCGAUUAAAAAUCGGUGUCAGAACUCUAAACAAAGAAUGUUAAAUCUCCUGUAAAAUGAUGCUAUUUUAAUAA